AUGGGCCAGACUCUGUAUUUCAUUCUUCUUCUCAUUGCUCUCUGCUCCGUAUCUGAAUGUGUUCAGCGUCAGUAUCACUUUAUAAAUGAGAAGAAGACCUGGACUGAAGCUCAGAGAUACUGCAGAGAGAAUUACACAGAUCUGGCCACCGCUGAAAACAUGAACGACACGAACGAGCUGAAGAAGAGUGUGAAUGAUUCAAGUGUUCAGAAAAUCUGGAUUGGGCUUCAGAAGACAGGUCGUGAUGAAUGGCACUGGUCUUCAGAUCCUGAACUGAUUGUGAUCAGAGAGAAUGUGACGUGGUCUGAAGCUCUGAGAUACUGCAGACAGAAUCAUGUGGAUCUGGUCUCGGUUCAUUCAGAAGAGAUGCAGCGUCGUGUGAUGAACGUGGUUAAACGUGCGUCUACUGCGGAGGUGUGGUUGGGUUUACGUCACUCCUGCACUGUGGGCAUCUGGUUCUGGGUGAGUGAAGAUACCGUGUGCUAUCAGAACUGGGCUCCAGGGAACGGCACAUCAGAGGAGGACUGUGAACACACAGUGAGAUCUGGAGCAGUUCAGUCUGGAGGAGAUCAGCGCUGGAUCAGUCUUCCUGAGACUCACAAACUCAACUUCAUCUGCACAACUUAUGAAGAGUGAA